AUGGCUGAAGCUCUGACAACUACUGAUCUGCAAGGCGCUCUACCCCUUAUUGCCCGGGGUAAGGUACGAGACCUGUACGAAGUCGAUGAAAAGACCCUACUUUUCGUUGCAACUGAUCGCAUCUCCGCGUAUGAUGUGAUCAUGGAGAAUGGAAUUCCUAAUAAGGGAGUUCUUCUCACCCUUUGCACUCGCACGUGGUUUAAGAUCCUGUCCGAAGCCAUUCCCUCGUUGCGCACUCACUUCAUCACGCUGGAUCUCCCUCCCCAGAUCCCUGCUUCUCUUCGUCCAGUGUUGCAGAACCGAUCUAUGCAGGUGCGCAAGCUCCGCAUUCUCCCCAUCGAGGCAAUUGUUCGUGGCUAUAUCACUGGCUCCGCCUGGAAUGAAUACAAGAAGUCGGGAACCGUACACGGCAUCCAGGUUGCUGCCGGUCUGCAGGAGAGCGAGGCCUUCCCUGAUGGUCCUAUCUAUACUCCUAGCACCAAGGCCGAGCUAGGUGAGCACGAUGAGAACAUCCACCCUGACCAGGCUGUUGCCAUUCUCGGUGAGCCUUACGCCUCGAAGGUCGCCGCACUUGCUGUGCAACUAUACAAGGCGGCGCAUGCGUAUGCACUAGAGCGAGGUGUUAUCAUUGCUGACACCAAGUUUGAGUUUGGUGUUGAUGAAGAUGACCAGGUUGUGCUAGCCGAUGAGGUUUUGACGCCCGAUUCAUCCAGAUUCUGGCCCAAGGAAUCCUAUGCCAUUGGUCGGGGACAGGCAAGCUUUGACAAGCAGUUCCUCCGUGACUGGUUGGUCUCGCAGGGCUACAAGGGCAAGGAAGGUGUGCGCAUGACCGAUGAGAUUGCGCUGCAGACUGCUGCCAAGUACAAGGAGGCUUGGGAGAAGAUCACUGGCGGCAACUAG